ACGAAACGCGUUUGUGGCUUCAGACGGCGAGUGGCAGUCGUGCAAUACAGUCGUAGUAUUCCAAAGUUUCCGAAGGCCAAAAAAAAUUCCCCCUUCUGAAAAGUUGGUCAGGCAACUUUUUCAACCAACAACAGAAAUCGCUGAAAAAAAAUAUACGUAAAAAAUUCCUUUUACUCUGUAACGAAUUUUGGAAAAAUCCUUUACUGCUAUAGAUGACCGAGAAGGAUACCGUCUCGAUGACUACCGUUCAACUGAAGCCCGACUAUGCGGCUAGCGAGGUCUACAGUACCGCCAGCGAGCCGCCACCGAUGGGAUUUUUUAACUUUAAUCAUCAGGCCUACAAGCGCCAGGCGAACUCGGUGAAAAUUGCCAAGAUCACAGCCUUCACCAUCAUCGUCUCUUCCUUUAUUCUGGGAGCCUUUAUCCUGGCCUCGUCGUAUCUGCAGGCCAAGGCGUCGUGCGAUCAGGUCCAGGCUCUCGAUUCGGUCCUAGAGAAGGAGCUGAUGCUCGAAACUCUGCAGCAGGUGGGCAAGGAACUUCCCCGUGCUGAGCCUCUACUGGGUGCCGCUGGAACUGGCGACGAGUCCGAGCUGCAGAAUCUGGAUACAGAGAGCCGCAAGGCUGAGCAUGCCGACAGCAAUGAUAAGGACAACUCGUACUCCGACAGCGAUGAGGCCGAGGAGAAGUAUCCUGGCAAAAUGCCGCUCGAGCUGGACUUGAGCGACCUGGCUGCUGCCAUUCUGCGCAACAACAAGAAAUCCCGCAUGAACUGCGUGGUGGAGCGCAAGCACGCCGAGGAGAUUGUCGAUUCGCCCUCGAAGACCGUGGCCUUGCCUUUCGGCGUCAACCUGACCACCGACCCGAAGAAAGCCCGCAUCACUGGCGAGCGCAUCUCGAUCUUCUGCGAUGGCGGCGAUGACAAGGAGAAGGAGGAGAAGGAGGCCAAGCGCCAGCGCGAGCAGGAGGAGGAGGACUCUGAUGAGGAUGUCGAGCCUCUGCGCCCCAUGUUCAUUCCCUUCCAGCGCGUGAACAUUCCCUUUGGCCGCAUUCCCGAUCAGAUGCCGCUGACCCAUAUGCCCCAGCGUAUGAUGCCCCCGGCCAUGCAGAUGCACCAGCAGCUGCCCCAGCAGCAGCAGCAGGGACCCAUCAUCAUCCGCCAGUUGCCGCCUCCGUUCCAGCACCUGCCCAUGCGCCCUCCUAUGCCGCCGCAGGUGAUGCAGGCCCCUCGCAUGGAGUCCUCCGAGGAGAUGCAGAUCCCCAAGAUCCAGACCCUCCGCAUUCACAUGCAGCAGCUGCCCUUCCGCGAGAUCCAUGUGGCCGAUGAUGUGCCCGUCCAGAUUCCCGCCCAGCAGCAGCAGCGCCAGGAGAUGCAGCAGCGUCAGGAGAUGCAGCAGCGCCAGGAAAUGCAGCACCGUCAAGAGAUGCAGCACCGCCAGGAGAUGCAGCAGCGUCAGGAGCAGCGUGACAUGCCCCAGAUCCAGAUCCAACCCAUGCCCUUCGGCAUGGCCCUCCAGCGCGUCGGCAUCACUCCCGAGGAUCUGAGGAACAUCCAGCGCAUGGCUGAGGAUCGCAUCACCGACGAGCUGCGCCGUCUGGCCGCCGAGGAGAAUGCCGAAUCCAAUGAGGGCAGCGAGGAGGAUGUCUCCUCAUCCGCCGAGCAGGCCACCACCGAGUCUCAGUCCCAGUCCCAGUCGGCGGUGCCCCAGCAGCAGCAGCAGCAGCAGGCUCAGGCCGAGCAGCAGCAGCAACAGGAAGAGCAGCAGCAGGAGUCCCAGGAGCGUCAGGAGCAGCCCGAGCAGCCGCAAAUGCGCAUCCAGCGACUGAUCCUGCAGCCUCUGCCUGAGCAGCCCCGCGACACCAUGACCCCGCCCAUGCCCGAUCAGCCACAGCAGCUGCCCUUCGGACGCAUGGUCUAUGGCCGCAGCCUGGCCACGCCCGUGCGCAUCCCAGUGCCCAUGAUGCAGGCCAUGCAGGAGGAAGGACCCGCUGCCCAGGAGGAGUCCCAGCGACCACACUUCGUCCAGCCUCGUUCCGUUUAAGUAACAAGAAGACCACGCCUGUGAUUGCUGCUGUGCGAAUCGAAUCUCGACGAGGGGGAAGAGCGAGAAGAACUAGGAGAAGGAGUCAUCAUGUCACCAACUAAACCCGAAGAAUCUAUUGAAUUGUAACCGAGUCGUCUCGAUUUGUUUUGUUAUUAAAGCAGCUUAAAACAAAAAUAUGAAAAAAACACCAAAAGUAUAACAAGAACCUUUCAAAAUCUUCUUUCUACCAUUUUGGGCCUUCUUCUAAUCCUCUUUCUCUAUAUAUUUCAUAUUUGUAUAUUUUAUAUUACUCCGUGUAUUACAUUCCAAUCAACAAAAACAACAAUACAACCAUGAAAAAGAAAGCAACUUUCUGUGAAAAAUUAAGAAAAUUAUGAAAGUUUUCCAAGUGUUUUUUCUUUCAGUUUUUUUGAAUUGUCAACAGUUUUGUUUUCACAUAUACACGCACAAAUAAAUCCGAUGGAAAUUUUUGUACAUAAA